UUUGUGACGUUCUUUGAUAUUUUUGAAGGAUUCCCACCCGCAUCAAACCGCGCGUCCUCAUGCCCUAUCAUCCAAUGUCUUUGAGGUUCCUGAGUAUCAGAGGUUCGCUAACCACUACCGCGGCGAGGCGCAGCAAUGUUGAUCGCGUCAGGGGUAGCACGUCCCGCUGGCUGAUCUGUUCCACACGCGAAGGAGCGAGAAGCAGCACGCUAGGAUGCCAAGCUGGGAUGAGUACCGCGUCUGCAUAAUUAACAACAAUGGUACCUUUUUGUUCUCAGUUGUUAUUCCGUACCGAAUAUUCUCUCACGACGUUACGACCGGCAGGUGCGAUGGGGAAGGAAGUCCAGAGCGAUGGACAUAUCAUACGGAAACGAACCUUCACUCGCGUAUGAGUAUCCGCCGCCUUAUUCGCCAGUGCGCGGAGCUGGCGAGGGGAACAACGGACUUUGGGACGAAAAGAAGGACGAUGGGAUCGUAGUACGCAUUGCGAGGACCUGGACGAGAACUGCUACAUUUCAAGAAGCUCCCAAGAAGCUUGCUCGAACCACGUCGGAUUUCCUUCAGCAACGUACAUGGCCCGCCAUAAGGGACACGACGACAACGCAUGUUACGCCAAUGAUUGCUUCUGCACCGCGGACGACAUGGAGCUUCGUUCGGGACCACGUUUGUCGGCCUAUCUGGAACUAUCCGCUCAAAGCAUCACAGUUCUGGGGCCUGUUGUUGCUUCUCUUCGGCAUCAUUCCUUUCGCGAUAUACGGAUUGAUAGUGGGAGCGCCGUACGGUAGAUUCUACUAUGGUGCUUUUGCCGCAAAGACCUUGGGGUGUGGUGACGCGUUAGGUGUGCCGCAAAAUUCGACCGUGGUGGGAAUCGAAGCAUUGUUCGUCCUGGACUGGACAUUUGGCCAAUUCUCAUUCUCGCGAGUGAAGACGAUUGACGUGGCAUGGGACAUCUUUGUUGGACGUGGCGUGCAAAUGAUUUUCUGGGCCAUAUCCUAUCGCGUCUUCUCGGACGCGCUGCUGCGCUUGAUCGAGCGGCAUCCGGCGUCCUUUGAGACGUUCAAGAGUAUCAGUCUCGAGGGUCCUGGUCUCGGCUCUUCCUGCAUCCUACUGAAGCAGCUUUUCCGCAACCGGGGUGCACGUACUUGGUUCUUGUUCUUCUACAUGCUCCUGGCUUCUUUCUACGUGCUCAGUAUCCCGCCACUGCUCGGAGCCAUGUCUGGGUACGAUAGCACGGCGAUUGCCUGGGUCGCAGUCGGCAACGACGACACCAUCGUCCCUUCUUCCCAGAUCAUCCAGAGCUACGCUAUACUGGGCGUGCGAAAUCAAACGUUUGAGCAGCCCAUCUGCGACACCACGACCAUGGAGCUGCGCGACUUCUUCUACCACAAAAUGGACAUUGAAAAAUACUGCGACUGCAAGCUACCGAACGGAACCGUUCUACCGUUCCAAGAAUGGCAGUACCGAUAUUACUCGUAUAAUUACAACAAUGAGCCGAAUUGGGUUCCACCACAGGGACCGUACCAGUAUGAAGAUUGCAAAACCCACUUCGACGGCCAGACCGGCGUCUACCUGUCUUCCUGGGGCCAAGACUCGGAUUAUCCGCGCGCCAAAAACUGGGGCGAAUACGCCUGCAACGACACGUUUCCCGUUACCCUUCCAGACGGCCAGACGUACUCCAUCUACGACAUUAACUACACGGCAAGCGGCUACUGCUUCGGAAACAAAACGUACAAGUACUGGGAUCUCGUUGACUCUACGCGCUGUCUGCCUGACACAGCGAAUCCGAGCUACCAGUGGGGCUUCUCCUCUGCGAUGAUAGGCGUUUGCUUCAUCAUCAACCUGGUGUGGUGUCUCUCGAUGUGGGUUGUGUGGCAGGAUGCACUGAGGGCGAAGCUGGUGAGGAGAGGGUACCGCAUGUCACCGUUGCGAGCGGCUUUUAUACUCACAGAGGCGGCGCGCCGGAGAACCGGAGUAAACGGGGUCGAAGGCUUGGUGCUGAGGGAUAGAAGGCUUCUGAGGAGGGAGCUGAGGCGAGGAAAGGGGAGAAAGGAAGCGGUGGUCGAUAGGGAGGUGUUCGAAGAGGGUGAGGGUGAUGAUGAGGUGGAGUAUGGAAAGGGCAAUGCGAUCACUAUCAAGAGACGGCCUGUCAGAACUAGAAGUAGAGAUGAUGUGGGAGUGUAAAGUGCAAUGGAACAUGCUGUCUAAUGAUUCUCGCCGCUACUUCCAUUUCCAAGGCCUAUCAGACCUACCCCGUGAUUAAGCAAUGCAAGCA